AUGACAUCAAUUAUUUUUGUAGUUUUAAUGAGGAGGAAUGUAAAAAGUUUCAAAUUAAAAAAGGACAUUUUUGAAGAUUCCUACUUAAAACUACUUGUAGAAAAUGAAAAAAUGGAAGAGGAUGCACCCUCUUGUUAUUUUUUAUCAUUUUUAUAUAAUAACUUCUAUUUGUAUUAUUGCGAUAUAAUUUUUCAUAAUAAAAAUAAACAUGUACAUACUAUAAGUCAUAUUCAAAGAGAUAUUAAUUUAUUUAAGUGUAAAAAUAUGGAAACAAAGAAGAAAAAAAAAAAAAAAAGAAAAAAAUCUGAAGAGAUUUCUCAAAAUAAUUUAAUAUAUAUUAAAGGAGAUGAAGAAAAAAAUAUAUAUAAAAAAUAUAAUCAUAAUGUAAAUGAUCCAAAUAAUUUAUAUAAUUUGAAUGAACUACAUAAAGUGGAUACACAAUACAAUAUUGAUAAACUACAUUUUUUAACAUCACAUUAUUUAGCUUAUUAUAAAAUUCAAAAUUCAAUACUUCGAUAUUAUAUACCACACUUCAAUAUUAAUAAAAUAUCAAAGUUUGAUAAACAUAUAAAAGAUUUAAACAAUAAUUAUGAUCAUUCUUUAAAAUAUAAUGUAUGUGCAAAUGCAACAACUGAACAAUCACACUUUCUUCAGAGUGAUCAUUCUCCUUCUUGUAAAAAAAAAAAAGAAAAAGAAAAGAACAUUUUUAAUUAUCAUAAUCAAAAAUAUUCAAAAAUAAAAAGAAAUCAUUCUAAUAAGAAAAAAAAACAAAUAAAAUCAUCCUCAUUAAAUAUUUCCAAAUUGUUAUUUCCUUUUUAUGAUUACACAACUAGCGAAGAAAGUGUUAUGUCCUUUUCAAAAUUUUUACCUGAACAUAAAAUAGCUAGAAAAAAAAAAAAAAAAAAAAAAAAAAACAAACAAACAAACAAAACAAUAAACAACAUAAUAAAUAAUAAGAAUCAUCAUGAUAAAACAUUUACAUCCAAAUUCCAAGACAAAGAAGAAAACAAACAUAAUAGUAUGCUUAUAUUCAAAGAAAUUAUAAACCUUUGUCAUGAAAAUAAAAUUUUUACUUUUAAAAAGAAAACGAAAAAUAAGGAAAAUGAUACAAAAAAAAAACACACAUGGGUACAUCCUGAACAGUUCAUUCAAUCAACUGAUAAAGAUCAAUAUAUUAAAAUUGGUGGAAAACAUAAUGUAGAUAACAAACAAUCAUUUGAUAAUAAACAAAAAUAUAUAAAAACUCAAAGAAAUUUAUCAACUCGCUCUUAUAUUAACAAUUCAACGGAAUGUUUAUUAAAAAAAAAUAAAAUUCACAAUGAACUACAAAAAGAUCAUAUAUAUACCACCUCACAAGGGUUACUUAAAAAAAGAAGUUUUAGAUCAUGCUCCGAUUGUGUAAAUAAACAAGAAGAAUAUGAAAAAAAGAAAAGGACAAAAAAACAAAAUGAAUUCAUAUUAAACAAAAAUGUAAUUAUUAAAGGAAAACUGGAAGAUGUCUUAUCACGACCUAUUGUUGACAUGAGAAGUUUAAAAAAAAAGAGAAAUUUUGAAGGAAGUGUAAAAAAUGAACUACAACAUGUAAGCAAAGAUAUAUUUGAUGAAUGUAAAGAAAAUCAAAAUAUAUAUAAAGAAAAAGACAUUUUAACAAAAAAGAAGGAUAUUCAUUUUCUAAAUUUUAUGAAUAUAAGAAAAAAAAAGGAAGAUAAUAUUUUAAAAAUGCAAAUACUUAAAGGAUUAAAUCAAACACAUUAUGAUCCCUUACAUUUGGAAAAAAUGGUUACUUGUAAAAGUGGAGGUAUAAUAUAUAACCAUGAGACCAAAUCAAAGGAAGAUGAAAAAAAAAAAAAAAAAAUUAAUUUACAUAAAGAUAAACAAAAAUAUAAAAAUGAACUUAAAUCUAUAGAACAAAAAAUGAAUAAACAUUUUGUUUUUAAAAAUAUGUCUGUUUUUAUGUUGAACUUUUUUUCUUUAUAUAUUAACGGAGAAUAUGAGGAAAUUAUUCAGUUAUAUAAAGAAGAAUAUUUUAAUAUAAAUUUUUAUAUCUUUUAUAUAUAUAUAAAAUCCUUAAUAAAAUUAAAGAAGUAUGAUCUGUGUUUAAAGUAUAUAUUUGAUAAGAAUGAUGAUAAUAUGAAUGAAAAUAAUAUGUAUGGUACUAAAAUAAAUGAUGAUAAUAUAUAUGGAUAUAAUAAAAUCAUUUUAACUUUCUUAAAUGCUGUAUGCUUAGAAAAAUUAAAUAAAUUAAAAUUGAGUAUAACAGAAUAUUGCAAAGUAGUGGUACAUAAAAUGGAUGAGCCUAUUAAAGAUGAUAAUAAUAGGAAUUAUAAAAAUAAAUAUAAUGACAAUUGUAAUUAUAAUUAUAAUUAUGAGUGUAGUGAUGAUGCUAUAAAAAUCCAUCCAUUCAUUCUUAUAUGCCUAGAUAAAUUAAUAGGGACAUAUCAAUUAAAGAUACAUGAAGAAAAUACAUUAAUAAAAUAUGUACAACUACAUUAUGACUUCAAAAAACUCUUAAAUUUUUAUAUUUGUAAAGUAUAUACAAUGGAUAAAAUUCGAAAAUAUGAUGUGAAAGAAUAUAUGAACACACACAAUGACAUAACCUUUGAAUUAAUUAACGACCCGAAUAGUAGAAAGAAUAAUAUUUAUUCUAUACAGAUAAACGAUAAAAACUUUUUACAAGAUAACAAUAAAGAAAAGAAUCAAAACGAUUGUAAUAUAAAUAUUAAUAUAAGAAGAAUGAAAAGAAAUAUUGAGGAACCCAUUAACUGUCAUUAUAAUAUAAAAAGUGAAUUAAAAAAUGGUUGCUAUAACCCUAAAGGAUUAAUUUAUAAUAAAAUCCCGUUUUUUGAUGAGAAAAGAAACAAAGAAAUAAAAAAAAAAAAAAAUAAAAAAAAAAAAAAAAAAAAAUAUUUUUACAUAAACAUGAACAAUGUGUUAUAUUAUAUUAAUAAAAAUGGAAAGAAGGAAAAUUAUGAUAUGCCUAAAUCUUUAUAUAGUGACAAUUAUUAUUUUGAUGAUAAUAAAAAGGAAAAGGAAGAAGAAAUAAACAAAAAAGACAUCAUAUUACAUUUUCAAAAUAAGGAUAUACAUAAAUAUAUCCUAAGUAAUAAUAAUAUAUUAGACAAUAAUCAGUUUGAUUAUAAUUAUUUUUUAUUUGAUUAUAUUGUUCGUCAGGGUGUUUAUAAUAAUUGUUGUUAUAAGUAUACAUUAAAAAAGAUAACUCAUUUUAUGAGUAUUGCCUACACGAAUAGAAACAUCUUAGGUACUAUAAAAAAGCUUGCUAUAGAAUUAAAAAUAAUUUGUGAGAAAUGUAAAGAAGAUUACAAGAGAAGAGAAAAUGAUAAUAAAAGGAAUACAUAUAGUAAUAUGUACACACAUAAUAAUAAUAAUAAUAAUAAAUAUAUAUAUAAUAAUAAACAUAUAUAUAAUAAUUAUUUAUAUCACUCAGACCCUGUAACAUUAAUAGAUCUUUUGUGUAUUACUUAUUACUGUUUGAAAAAUUACGAUUAUAUAAAUUGUUAUUAUAUAAGCAAAUAUAUUAUUAAAGAAAGAAAAGGAUAUCAAAAUGAAGAGGCCAUUUUAUUAUUCAUUACCUCUAUAACAAAUUUAAAUAGUAUAUUCAAAAGAUCACAAGAAAAAAUUAAAGAGUUAUUUCUUCUAUAUAAUGAGCGUGUUAGUCAUAUGACUUAUAAGAAGAAAAAGUAUUAUUAUAAAGAAGAGAAAUAUAAAUAUGAAAAGGAUUAUAUAGAUUAUUACAUGAUUGGUAUAAUAUAUUUUUUAAAUAAUAAUUUUAAUAAAUCUCUAUUAUAUUUUUUGAGAUGUAUACAAUUAAAGAGUAAUUUUUACAUGUGUUAUGUUUAUAUGCUUUAUCUUUUUUUAUCUUCUUUAAUAAAGGAGAGAAAGAAAAAUUAUAAAAAAUUCAUUUUUUUUAAAUGUAUCAAAUUACAGCCACAUAAUAUAAUACCCUAUGUAAUAUAUAGUUCGACUGUCUUGGAAAUAUAUCAGCGAUUUAAAGGUGAGAAUAAGGGUAUCACGAGUGUACAUAUAAAUGAAAAUAUAAAUGAAAAUGAAAAUAUAAAUGAAAAUAUAAAUAUAAAUAUAAAUAAAAAUACAAAUAUAAAUAAAAAUACACACAUAUAUAACCAUACAGAUGACAUCAUUUAUAAUAAGCCCAAUGGCAUAUCCAACACAAUUAUCAAAGUUGAGAAAAUACAUUUUUUAAGGUAUAUUCUUAAUAAAGCUUUAAAAAUAGAAAACGAUAACAUUUUUGUAUGUAACGAAUAUUUUAUUUAUAAUUUUUUAAGAAAGGAAUAUUUACAGUGUGAGAUUUUUUUAAAAAAAAUAAUAUUCCUAUGUAAAAAUAAAUUUUUUCCUAAUAAUAUAAAUGUUAUAUCUUCUAUUUUAUAUAACAUGUCUAUAUAUUCAUAUAUGUAUCAAAAGAAUAUAUAUGAGAGUGAGAGAUAUAUUAUUUUGUUAUUAGAAAAUAACCCUUUUAAUAUAAAGGCUUUACAUAUACUAAUUCAUAUAUUUUUUAUAAAAAAAAACAAAAACUGGAUACCUUUAUUUGAUUAUUCUAUAUAUUUAGAAAAUUUCUUAUUAUCUCUUGACAAUAACAUAUUAUAUUAUGAUAAUUCAAAAAUAAUAGAUAAACAAACAAAAACCACAUAUUUGUAUAACAAUUUCUUUAAUCAGAUUAUAAGAAGAAAACAAGGAUCUUUAUUGUUAUAUUUUGCUUAUAGUAAAUUUAAAAAUGCAAGAAAAUUCGACACAUUCUUAAAAAAAUAUAUAAAAGAAAGCAAGGAGAAAGGGUAUGGAAUUGACUGGGGUGGUUGCGAGCGUAUGUAA